AUGGCCACAGUACCUGUUGAAGAACCUUCACAACCUCUGAAAUACCAGACAUGGGUUUUGAAAGUUUCCAUCCACUGUGAAGAAUGCAAGAGAAAAGUCAAGAGAGUUCUUCAUAGCAUUGAAGGUGUUUAUACCACGGUCAUUGAUUCACAGCAACAAAAAGUUACAGUCAUCGGAGACAUUGACGCACCGAUCCUGAUAAAGAAGCUUGUGAAAAGUGGUAAACGUGCCGAGAUGUGGCCGGAAAAGGUGUCCAGAAAAGAGAAAAAGUCCGGCAAAUCAAAGGACAAAGAGAAACAAAAGGACCCAAAAAAUAGCGAUGAGAGUGACGAUGAAGAUGAAGAAAAUACAGCUGAGAAUGGUGAAGUGCAAAACAGUGGGACUUCUGUCAAAUUUGUUCUCCGUGGGAGUGUUACCGGAUGUAACAAAGAGGCAAAAAAUGUAGGGAAGUCGCCGGGAAACGCUCCCUCCGGCGAGAAGUUUCCGGCGAAGGACCAAAAGGGCAAUGGAAACAAUGGGUCUGCUCAGAAAAGUGGUGGAGAGACUGGUGGUAAAAAGAAGAAAAAGAAAGGGGGAAAAGGUAAUAAUGCCAUUAACACUACCGGUGCACCAGCAGGCACUGGAUCGGAGAUUCAUAUACAGGUUCCCACUCAAGGUAUUGAUCAAAUGAAUCUCAGCUCUACACAUCAGCAUCCAAUCCAGUACCCGCCAAGUUACACCCCUCAACAAGCGCCCCAUCCUACCAUCAAUACUGGUCCUACUUACUACAUUCCUUCGUCACCGUUCACGUAUGCAUAUUCACAACCGGCGGUUUAUCCGAUGCAACAGUCGCCGUUGGAUUCGUUCGAAAUACUUAGUGAUGAGAACCCUAAUGGGUGCUACAUCAUGUGAUCAGUGUGAUGCGAUUGCAGUCAACGGUGGAUGAUGUUUUUGACUUGUUUUUGGAGAUGGCUAAGAUGAAAGCAAGAGUGAACCAUCUUGUCAUAUGUACAUAAGACUAUAGUGCCAGCAAAAUGGAAGGAUUAGCAAAUUUAGGAUGGUUUCACUUUGCCAAGGAACCAAGAUUUGUGUUUGUUUUUCUUCAAGUCCCAAUCCCAAUCCCAAUCUGCUCUCGCUCGUCUUUACUAACAGGUUCUCAAUUGAUUGGGGUUGUAGAUCUCUA